GUGGCGGCGCUCGUCGCCUUCCUGACCGGGCGGCAGCUCGUGUCCCACGUGGCGCAGAACCUGGCGCUGCCCGACCUGGCGCUCUGCGCGCAAUUCCCCGCGCCGCCGGCCGUGCUGCACGCCACAUUCUUCGCGGUGGUGGGAGCGCUGCUGGGCAGCAGCGGGCCCGAGAGAGCCGAGCUCUUCGUCAGGGAUUUUUUAAUUCCCCAACUGAUUGGAAAAGACCUGUUUGAGGUCUGGGAAGUUGUAAAUCCUAUGGGCCUGCUGGUGGAAGAGUUGGCCAAGAGAAAUAUCUCUGCUCCAGAACCAAGAAUUACCAGGCAGCUGGGGGUCAGCACAGUUCUGCCACUGUACUUCGUUGGGCUGUACUGUGAUAAGAAGAUAAUAGCUGAAGGGCCUGGGGAGACACUACUUGCUGCAGAGGAAGAAGCUGCCCGCGUGGCGCUGCGGAAGCUGUAUGGGUAUACUGAGAACAGGAGACCGUGGGAUUACUCGAAACCCAAAGAAGGAUGGACAGCCGAAAAGGCUAUCAGCAGUAACUAGAUAAUAAAAGCUAUUUCCAGUUUCUCUCAAGAAUGAAUGGCUUCCAUGCUGAACAUAAACGCCUUUAGGAGAGCAAAGUUCAGUUUGAUUUUCUGAUCUUAAGUUCUUGGAAUUUUCAAAUUAAAUAUGGUUAUAAAAUAAAUGAAGUCUUUUGUAUAGUG